AUGAGAGAUCGCGAAAAGCCGUUUCGCUGUCCUCGAUGUCAGAAGGGGUUCACCCGCAAAGAUCUGCUGACCCGGCACAUACGCCUAUCACAUCAAUCGCCCCCCGGGGUUCGUUCUCAACAGAACCAUGGACCGGUGAAGCCUGAAACACUGUUGCCGGCGCCGUUGCCUCUGGUGAAUUGGACUGAGUAUCAUCCGGGACCUGCCCCAGUCCUCUCUUCGCAGCCACAUGUAGUCCCGCCGCAGACGCAGAGCCUCGUGAGCGACCCCAGGGGAGUGCAGCAGCAUAUUGAUCAGGCUCAGCUGUCGGUACGCUUCUUCGGCCAUCCGAAUGACGAGGGUUCAAGCCAGGCAAGCAAGGAGUCUUUUCCCGCUCCGGUCCCGGAUUAUUCGAUGACAUUGGGCAUGGAUGACGGCGGCUUCGAUGGUCUCGAACCUGCCUUUACACAAGACUUUGCGGCUUUCAUGGAUAGCGUGCCCACUCUCACACACCCAUUCUCUCCGACCUAUCAACCUCUGCCUGUCUUCUUUACGAACCUGGACAUGCCUCUGGGUGGCGUUUUUGAAGAGGCAAGUGGUCCUAGAGACGUCGACAAUUCGCGGGAUGAAUCAACAGCAACGACUACGAUACAAGCAACACUCGCAUCCCCCUCCCAUAUAAGGGCAAAUGACUCGUCCAUCUCGCGUUUUGGCUCUCGGCUACCGUCCUUGGCUCCUGAGGAAAAGCCUCCACCCAGUGGCCCACACCCACAAGGUCCGACGAGGCUGAACAGUCGGGAUUUGUUCAUCUCAGCUGACUGUCGACAACGCAUUAUCGAUGAACUGGCGAUGUUCUCUGGUUGUAUCGACGGGGACUUUGUUCUGCCUUCCCGACAUGCGUUGUCACGACUGAUCGGCGGAUACUUCAAGAACUUCCAUGCCCACUAUCCCUUUUUCCACGUUGCCACCCUACGCAUGGACAGCAUCCACGUCGAGUUGCUCUUAGCGAUCGCGGCUCUCGGGGCUCGCUACACUAGGGAGCCAGAGAUGGGGAUUGAUCUGUUCCGUGGCUCAAGGGCCGUCGUCUUGGAACGCCUUCGCCAACGCCAGAGAAGAAAAGCUAACUUGAAUCUGGACUCAAAGGUGCAUGACACCUCCACCGUGAACCCUGACUCAAAUUGUAAAGGGGACGAAAGGACCUGCGUGAUUGAGAUGGUGCAGACUUUACUACUGCUGAUCGCCAUUGCAUCUUGGUACAGACGUGAGCCAGCAGUGACCGAUGCGUUGUCAAUCCGCAGUGUGUUGCACUCACUCGUUCAAGACGACGAGAUAUCACGUCUUCAGGAGCAACCGACGGACGACUGGCAGGAGUGGGUUCGGUUCGAGACCAUCAAAAGAACCCACCUCGUGGUCUUUUGUUUCUUCAAUAUCCACACCAUCCUAUUCGACUUGCCGCCAAUGAUGCUCGCCAGCGGACUCCGGCUCGAUCUGCCUUGCUCCGAGAAAGAGUGGAAGGCAGCCAGUGAGCCAGAGUGGCAAGAAGCCCGUGCCGAAUCAAGGUCACCUCGUCAGGACUUUCAAGACGCGUUUUCGUGCCUCUUUGCAAACCCGGGUGAAUGGAACGGCUCAAACCAGGUCGUUGCGAGAGGGUUCUCUGCUCUAGGUGGCUGCGCUCUCAUCCAUGCCAUCAUCCAGCAUAUCUGGCUCGCACGCAAUGCUCGACUGCCCGUCAUACAUGGCGGUUCAAACAGCCUCUCGGACGAAGAAAUGAACGUCUUUGAGCGGGCUCUGAAGCGGUGGGCCAAGUACUGGGAACGCAAUCAGGAGUCAUCCAUGGAUCCAUUGAGCCCUCACGGCCCCGUGACUUUUACUUCAACCGCCCUCCUUCGGCUGGCCUACAUCCGGCUCAAUAUGGACCUCGGCCCCGUGAGAUCGUUCAGCAGCUGGAAUUCGUACGUGGUUGCCACCUCACUACACCAAAGUCCAAAAGUUCAACGCAGCGACAAAAUGACACGGGCAGCGCUCCACUGUGCACACGCUCUCAGCAUUCCCGUGAAGCUUGGGAUCAACUAUGUCGCCCAGACGCAACUGAUUCUAUGGUCCAACCAACAUGCCCUAUGCUCAUUGGAGUGUGCCGUCCUGCUUGCAAAGUGGCUCGAGGCGGUCACGGUGCCCGACUUAAGCCCAACCUUGACGCCGGCUGAACAGAGGGUGCUCGAAUUCGUCAUCCAGCUUGUGGCUGAGACCGAAUACAAGAUGAGCUGUGACCACCUCCUGUCACAAAAGGCCCGGUUGAGUGGUAUGGUGGUCCGCCUGUGGGCGAAACUGUACCAGUCGAGUAGCGUGUGGCAGAUUGUCAAUCUGAUUGGAGAAUCCCUCAGCAUCUACGCCAACCUCCUGGAGGCCGAGCACAAUUAG